GUAAACACCGCAAUGAACUGGUUCUUGGUUAGUUUCGUGAUCGUGUUUCUGAAGCUUGCCCUUUCUUGUGACGAGUUUGACGUCAGGCCGGUUACUUACUCUUCAAGCGAAGCAGUUCUCUCCACUGAAACCGUAAUUUUGAUUGAAGGUGAAGCCAAAUGUAAAGAAAAAGGAUCAUCAAAUUUGUACGCCGAGUUAAAUGGAGUCCUUCAACCAGUUGCCCGUCAUAUUGAAACUGACAAUUUUCAAGUAUCGUUCGUCUUUAAUCACAAAAAUGUGCCUAAAGGAGAAUAUACUGUCCGGUUUUACAAUGAAAAAGGUGCAACGGCUUAUCUGAGAUCUUCGAAGGGUGGUUUUGUAUCCGGCGUACCUCCUGUAUUCACAGUCACCGUUCGACAUAAGUAAGACGGUCUUACGAUUCAACAUUUCGGUCGAUGAUUUUAAAACCUAUCAAUUUCUGAAUGGAGUAGAUAGUUCCAAAGAUUUAAGAUAACUAUCCACAAGUAUAUUUUGUGUAACAUUAAAAUAUCCGUCUACCAAUAGCCUUCAAAGGUCUAGGAAAUAGUAGGAAACAUAUAAUCUACACAAAUGGACAAACCAAAAACGGGAAUGCCGAGUAACCGUGAAAACGCAUAAAAUUUUCAUAUACCGUUGCUUUUCUUCGAUAUUGACAAAAUAAAUGAAGACAAAGGAGGAUUAGUAGAAGUAAUUACAUCUGUUAUAGGUUUCAUUACAGAAGUAUCAACAGCAGAAAAAGCUUGUAACUCCUCUGGAGUGUUCAAUUGCUUAUCGUGCUUAUAGACAGAUUUAAUGUUUUUAAACUUUAUCAGAUUGAGUGUAAAACAAUUUGACAAUGAUUAAAUUUCCCUAUUUACUAAAAUCCCAUUUAUUUAAAAGCAAUCAGAAGAGGAAGAAACAGGUGUACAUUCAGCUAUGCAAAAAAUACUUUUCUUCAAAAGUAACUUAUAACUGUUAUAUCCCUAUAAGAAUAAUGAAUGGUAACUUUGGGAUCCAUUUAUGAACCAAUACUAUGAGUAUAUUUUUAUCGUAUGAUUGUUAUGUAACUAAACUAUUCAUAUUCAUGUCCCUCUUAUUAUGAGCUUCAUUUUGACCCAUAAACUAUUAUUAUACGAUUUACCAUUCUUGAGUUAUGGCCUGUCUAUUAAUCAUUACCUCUCACAUUCACAGCCAUAUUUCGCCAAAUAUUGUACAAAAGUUGUUUCCUAUUUUAUGGUACGUUGUGGUCUGUUUAAUUGGUAUAUGAACCCCGUAUGUUUGUAAUAGAUUAUUCAUAUUGCAGAGGCU